AUGUCAGAUAAGGAGGACGGCCAUGCUACAGGGGUUGAGCUAAAGGCUGAACAAAGAGCUGAGGAGCCAGUAGUGGAGGAUGAUGUGAAUGGACAAGGAGCACCUAGUGAUGAAGAAGAAGGAGACGAUGUUUUUGAUUCUAGUGAGGAGGAUGAUGAUCUGGACAAUGAUGAGGAGGAGGCUCAAAAAGUUAGAGAAGGGUUUAUUGUGGACGAUGAUGACGAGGAUGAAGAUGAAGAUGGGGAUGGAGUAGAGAGUGGUGUUAAGAAGAAAAGAAGAAAGAGACGUGCUCGUGAAGAAGAAAACGAUGCUUUGGAUGAGGACGACUUAGACUUGUUGAUGGAGAAUGCUGGUUACAAGCGUCCAUCUGAGUCUGAGGCCUCUAAACAGCGUGGUAAGUUGAAGAGGUUAAAGAGAGUUGGUGAAGAAGGAGAGGAAUCAGGUUCUGUGGAGCCUGAAUCUGGACAUGCUAGCAGUAACAAGUUGGAUGACUUUUUCUCUGAGGAUGAUGAGGAGGAUGAAGGCAUGGAAGACGACGUUUCUAGACGUGCAUCUAGUCGGAAGAAGGUUGAUAAGGAAGUGACACUAGCCGAUGAUAUGGACGACUUCAUAGAAGAAGACGAGUUUUCCGAUGAAGAUGAAGAGGCUAGGAAACAGAGAAUUGCCGAAAAGAAGAGGAUGAAGGAGCAGAGAUUAGUUCAGCCAGCACAGAUCACCGGGUUAUCGCCAGAUAAAGUGGAUGAGAUGUUUGAAGUUUUCGGUGAUGGUCACGACUACGACUGGGCGCUUGAGUUAGAGAAUGAAGAAGAACUGGACAGAGUAGACGAGUCUUCCGAGAAUGAACAAGGUGAUGAUGACGAAUUCGCUACGGAAGCCAAGAAAAAGAAGAAGCUCACCCUUCAGGAUAUCUACGAUUUGCAAGACUUGAAGAAGAACUUGUUGACUGAGGAAGAUAUGCAGAUCAGAAAAGCAGAUAUUCCGGAAAGAUAUCAAGAACUAAGAACAGGUUUGAAAAACUACGGUAAGCUAUCUCCAGAAGAUAUCGAGUUGGAGAAAAACUGGAUCAGUGACAAAGUCGCUGUUGACAAGAAUUUCGAUGCGGACUACGAUACCACUGAAUUCAAAGAUGCCAUUGGAAAUGCCAUCAACUUCAUUCAACAGGAAAACCUUGAGGUAUCCUUCAUCUAUGCUUACCGUCGUAAUUACAUCUCCUCAAGAAACAAAGAUGGCUUCGUUCUAAUCGAAGACGACUUGUGGGAUAUUGUCUUUUACGAUAUUGAAUUCCAUAGUAUUAUCUACAAGAGAGACUAUGUCAAGACCUUCUAUCAGAAACUUGAACUAAAAGACCCUAUUGUGGAUGAAUAUUUCAGCAAUCAAACAAUGACCGAGUUGAACUCGCUACAAGACAUUUACGACUACGUUGAAUUCAAAUACGCCCAAGAUAUCAACGAUGUAUUAUUAUCCGCUCAACAAGAUGCAGCAUCUAAAAAGCAUUUGAAAAACUCUAGUUAUGAAAAAUUCAAAACAAGUGCACUUUACCAAGCUGUUAAUGAUAUCGGAAUCACUGCUGAGCAAGUUGGUGAGAACAUCAGUGCAGAGCAUCAACUUCACCCAGUGGUUGAUCACCCUUCAUUGAAACCAAGUGACUCUGUCGCUCAGAUUCUUGAAGGUCCAGAAGCAAAGGAUUUGCAAAUCUUUUCUCAAAACCCUAAGUUAGCCCUAGAAACUAUUGAAAAGUAUUAUGCACUAGAAUUAUCCAAGAAUCCAAAGGUGAGACAAAAAAUCAGAGACGAUUUCUACAAAUAUUACAUCGUUGAUGUUGCUUUGACUUCUAAAGGUAGACAGGAAAUCCAAAGAGGCUCUCCAUACGAAGAUAUCAAGUACGCUAUAGGGAGAACACCUGCUCAUUUCCGUUCGGAACCAGAUGUUUUCUUGCGUAUGCUUGAAGCUGAAUCUUUGCAUUUAUUAAACAUUCAGAUUCACGUUUCAUCACAAGACCAAUAUACCAACCAUCUUUUCCAAACUUCUCUAGAGACCAGUAAUACUUCUGAGAUUGCUGUAGAAUGGAAUGCUUUCAGAAGACGUGCUUUCGAUUCUGCAUUAAACAAAGUAUUCUCGGAUGUCAGUCAAGAAAUUAAGGAUGAAUUGAAAAAGACUUGUCAACGUUUAGUUACUAAAUCCGUACGUCAUCAAUUCAUGUUCAAACUUGACCAGGCUCCAUUUAUUCCAAAUCCAAAAGAUCCAAAAAUCCCAAGAGUGCUCACAAUUACUUGCGGUCAAGGUAAAUUCGGUUCUGAUGCAAUCAUUGCAGUAUAUUUGAACAGAAAAACAGAAUACGUGAGGGACUACAAAAUCGUAGAGAAUCCAUUCGAUAGAAAAGAACCAGAGUUAUUUGAGAACGCGCUAGAUGAGAUUAUCCAGCACUGUCAACCUAACGUUAUCGGUAUCAACGGUCCAAACCCAAGUACUCAAAGAUUGUACAAGAAGAUUCAAGAAGUGGUUCAAAAGAAACAAAUCGUGGACAACAGGGGAUUUAACGUUCCAGUUAUCUAUGUCGAAGAUGAGAUUGCUGUUCGUUAUCAAUCUUCGCAACGUGCAGCACAAGAAUUCCCUAGCAAACCUACCUUGGUCAAAUAUUGUAUUGCGUUGGGUCGUUAUAUCCACUCACCUUUGUUGGAAUAUGCAAACCUAAGUGAGGAAGAACUAUUAUCGUUGUCAAUUCACAACCAUCAAUCACUAUUACCAAGGGACCUCUUUUUGCAAGCAUUAGAAACGUCAUUUGUUGACAUUGUAAACUUGGUCGGUAUUGAAGUGAACAAGGCAACAGAUAACCCAUACUACGCUAAGGCUCUACGUUAUAUUGCUGGCUUUGGGAAACGUAAGGCUGCUGAUUUCUUGGAGUCCCUACAGAGAUUGAAUGAACCAUUGUUAGCUCGUCAACAAUUGAUUACUCAUGAUAUCUUAACCAAAACGAUUUUCAUGAAUUCUGCUGCAUUUUUGUACAUAUCCUGGAAUGAAAAGAAUCAACGUUACGAAGACUUGGAACACGACCAACUUGAUGGUACCAGAAUCCAUCCAGAAGAUUACCAUUUGGCCACUAAGGUUGCUGCAGAUGCAUUGGAAUUCGAUCCAGAUGCAAUUGCAGAGAAGGAAGAACAAGGUACAAUGAGUGAAUUCAUUGAAUUGCUAAGAGAGGACCCUGAUCGUAGGUCUAAACUAGAGUCAUUGAACCUUGAAUCAUACGCUGAAGAGCUUGAAAAGAACACAGGUCAAAGAAAGUUGAACAACUUAAACACAAUCGUCUUGGAACUCUUGGAUGGCUUUGAAGAAUUAAGAAACGACUUCCACCCACUACAUGGUGACGAAGUAUUCAAGAGUUUAACAGGAGAAUCAGAGAAGACCUUCUUCAAGGGUUGUAUCAUCCCUGUUAGAGUCGAAAGAUUCAGACACAAUGACAUAUAUGGUGUCACAAACUCGGGUGUCGAAUGUAUUGUUAAUGCUCAACGACACCUUGGUGCUCAAUUAAAGAGACCAGCUGAGGAAGUUUACGAAAUUGGUAAGACUUAUCCAGCCAAGGUCAUUUACAUCGACUAUGAAAACAUCAGUUGUGAAGUUUCUCUAUUAGAGCAUGACAUCAGAAGGCAAUAUGUUCCAAUUCAUUAUAGUAAGGAUCCAAGCAUUUGGAACGUCGAACAAGAAGCUAAGGAUCAAGAGGUUGAAAAAAGGCUUGCAUUGGAGGAAGCAAGGGCAAAGAGAACACAUCGUGUUAUCAACCAUCCUUACUACGGUAACUUUACUGGUCCUCAAGCAGAAGAUUAUUUGAGAAGUAGAGAACGUGGUGAUUUUGUCAUUAGACAAUCUUCUCGUGGUGAUGAUCAUCUAGCGAUUACCUGGAAAUUGGAUAAGGACUUGUUCCAACAUGUCGAUAUCUUGGAAAAGGAUAAAGAAAAUCCACUUGCUCUAGGUAAGACCCUAAUAGUUGAAGACCAAAAGUAUCACGAUUUGGAUCAAAUCAUCGUAGAGUACUUACAAAACAAGGUAAGACUACUCAACGAAAUCACAUCUAAUGAGAAAUUCAAAAAGGGUACCAAGAAAGAAGUCAUCAAGUUCAUUGAGGACUACUCGAAGGUGAACCCUAACAGAUCCGUGUACUAUUUCAGUUUCAACUACGAACACCCUGGUUGGUUCUACUUAAUGUUCAAGAUCAAUGCCCAAUCACAGCUAUACGUAUGGAACGUCAAGCUAACGCACACUGGGUUCUUCUUGGUUAACUAUAACUACCCAACUGUCAUCCAACUCUGUAAUGGUUUCAAGACUCUAUUAAAGUCUAGUAGCAGAGCAAAGACUCAGGACAACAAUACAGGUGGCUACUACGGGUAUUAG